CUUUGAGGUACCCGGUACUUUAAUUAGUGGUGGAGAUGGGUGAAAGUCUAUGGAUUUUAGUGUGGAUUUGGCAGUAAAUGAGGGCUAGUAUAAAGUCCCCUCUACCACCCCGCUACUUCCACAUCUCCCCGUUGGCUGGGAAUCCAGUACUCCUUCUCCUCUGUACCCCGUACUCGACUCCCCUUCCUAGCAAAUCUUGGAAAUCCAGCCAGACAAAUCCACAAACCUUCAAUUCUUCUCCUCUCCACUCAUUCAACUCCUCUCUCUCCUAACCUUCUCCAACGGCCCUCAACCCCCUGCGGCUCGACAUACCAUCACCGCAUCUCACCUCUCCCCUCCUCGAGCUCAAUCACCGAGCUACGAGAGCUAUCACCGAGCUGCUGUCUCCGAAACAGCUGCCUCACCCAUUCCAGUCGACAGGACACAACACGACACAAAGGAACGGCGGCUCCCGCGCCAUCCUCCCUCUUUGAGCGUAUAUGCGCCCAUCCUUCACCACGCACCUCCAUCUCCCCGUGUCCGCCCAAGCAUCAAUGCGCCCAUAACCGCGUCGCUUCCCCCCCCCCCAAUUCCAACAGGUGUCGACGACAAACACAGUAGCGUCACCGAGAGAGAGAGAGAGCGAGAGAGAGAGACGACACAGUCCGGAUGGUUGCCCCGAGGUCGCAGUCCGCCAUGUCGGCGGCGACGGUAGCAUUGGCGUGUCUGGCGCCGCUGGGCGUGCUGAUAGCAACACAGGUUCGGCCGGUGCAGGCGUUGACGAUAGCGUAUUGUGCGGGGAUUAAUACGGCGUCGAGGGCAGGAAACUACAGCACCUACCAGUCCAAUGGCCUCUGCCAGACGUUCUGCCAGCAAUCGUUUGCCUUCGCCAUCGUCCAGGAUAACCUCUGCUGGUGCUCCAACUAUGCCCCGGGCGCUUCGACGACCUCGAAAGACAAGUGCAACACCCAGUGUCCUGGCUACCCCGACGAUUUGUGCGGCGGUACGGACUUGUACGGAUAUAUCAAGCUCGAAAAAGAUGUUGUAGGGACAAAGACAACUGAUGGGACUGGGGUUACGGCAAGCCCUGCCAAGAACCCAACAACCACCUCUCCCCCAGACAACGCCAAAGACGACACCUCCUCCUGGACGCCCACCCCCAUCACCAGCGUCGAAACCGUCACCGGCCAAGUCCGCGUCGUAACCAUCACCCCCACCGCGCCCCCCGGCGCCGACUCCUCCGCGGACAGCGGCAACAAGAAAUCCCUCACCGCCGGUGGCGCCGCCGGUCUCGGUAUCGGCAUCGCUGCCUUCCUCGCCCUCGUCGGCGCACUGAUCUUCUUCUUCAUGCGCCGCCGCAAGCGUCUCGCCGCUGAGUCUGACGUCGGUCCUGCUCCUCCCACCCCGAACACGGGGUACACACCUCAACGCACUAUGAGCGAGAACUCGCGGUACGUGCUCGGCACCGACGGACGACGGGUUGUCGAGGGGUGGGACUCCGGAGCGGGGGAUGUGGCGGAUACGCCUGUUAGUGCUGGGUCGAGGAGGAGCAGGUUGAUGCCUGUUGAUCCGAGGUUGGAUCCUUUUGCGCCGGUUUAUCAGCAGGGUGGCGCGAGUGGGAGUCGGGAGAGCGUGGGGAGUAUACAGGAUAAUUUUGAUUAUUCGCGGAGAGUGGUGAGGACGGGGCCGCCGAUUUUGAGGGCGACGAAUCCGGAUGCUUGAGUGUGGGGGGGAAAGGGGCGGGUUGAUUGUAGAUAUAUGGAAAUGGAAUGGAAAUGGAAAAAGAUGGGUGGGAAUUGUGGCUAUUAAAGGGCUUAUUAUGGCAUUCGCGAGGGUAAAAGCGAGAUUUCUUACGAACAACAAACACAACAAACAAAUGGAUCAGACUGUCACUGAACAGGAUGGAACAACUGGAACUGGAUGAGAGAGACGGGAAGGGGAGAGGGAUGUAUGCUAUAAAUCGAAAUGGAAAUCAAAUCCGAGGUAGAAACGGAGCUUGUGGGAG